AUGACGGAUCCAAUGGACCUAAAAGCCCAGUGCUGGACGGAUGAGGAAUCAGACGGAGAGAAUGAGCCGGAACAGUUUCUCUACGGGAUUCAGGGGAGCUGUGCGGCCGACCUGUACCGCCACCCACAGCUGGAUGCCGAUAUCGAGGCUGUGAAAGACAUCUACAGCGACGGCGCUGUUUCCGUUCGAGAGUACGGGACGAUUGAUGAUGUGGACAUUGAUCUGCAGAUCAACGUCAGUUUCCUGGACGAAGAGGUAGCGACUGCUUGGAAGGUGAUCAGAACAGAACCCAUCAUUCUGCGACUCCGAUUCUCUCUCUCUCAGUACCUGGACGGCCCGGAACCAUCAGUGGAAGUCUUUCAGCCUUCAAAUAAAGAUUCCUUCAGUCUUGGACUUCAGCUUAAGAAGAUCCUCAGCACGUUCACAUCUCAGCAGUGGAAGCACCUGAGUAAUGAGUUCCUCAAGGCCCAGCAGGAGAAGAGACACAGCUGGUUCAAAGCCGGUGGAACCAUUAAGAAGUUCCGUGCUGGACUCAGCAUCUUCUCCCCCAUUCCCAAGUCGCCCAGUUUCCCGCUGAUCCAGGACACGGUGCUGAAGGGGAAACUGAGCGUGCCGGAGCUGAGAGUGACCCGACUGAUGAACCGGUCCAUCUCCUGCACCAUGAAGAACCCGAAAGGAGAACUUUUCAACUACCCCCCCAACAGUCAGACUGUGGCUGUUCCAGCGGCCAGGGCCCCUGCGCAGAUUACCACGCGGCAGCUGAUUGAAUUGUUUUUCUCAUCCCAGGCGGGCGGACACUGCAAGAGCAUCCCAACCCUGGAGUACGGAUUCUUAGUGCAGAUAAUGAAGUAUUCAGAACAGCGGCUGCCGACUCUGAACGAGUACUGCGUGGUGUGUGAUGAGCAGCAUGUCUUUCAGAACGGCUCCAUGCUCAAGCCAGCAGUGUGCACCAGGGAGCUAUGUGUGUUUUCUUUCUAUACACUGGGAGUAAUGUCAGGAGCAGCAGAGGAGGUGGCCACAGGAGCAGAGGUGGUGGAUCUGUUGGUCGCCAUGUGUCGGGCUGCUCUCGAGUCCCCGCGAAAGAGUAUCAUCUUCGAGCCGUAUCCAUCCGUGGUCGAUCCAAAUGACCCCAAAACACUGGCCUUCAAUCCAAAGAAGAAAAACUAUGAGAGACUGCAGAAGGCCCUGGACAGCGUCAUGUCCAUCCGAGAAAUGACACAGGGAUCCUAUCUGGAGAUAAAGAAACAGAUGGACAAGCUGGAUCCACUGGCCCACCCUCUGCUCCAGUGGAUCAUUUCCAGUAACAGGUCCCAUAUCGUCAAACUGCCUCUGAGCAGGCAACUCAAGUUUAUGCACACCUCACAUCAGUUCCUCCUGCUCAGCAGUCCUCCUGCUAAAGAGGCCCGGUUCCGUACGGCCAAGAAGCUCUAUGGGAGUACUUUUGCUUUCCAUGGUUCCCAUAUAGAAAACUGGCACUCUGUUCUGAGAAAUGGACUAGUCAAUGCCUCUUACACCAAACUGCAGCUGCAUGGGGCAGCGUAUGGGAAAGGCAUUUAUCUCAGCCCCAUCUCCAGCAUAUCCUUUGGAUACUCGGGGAUGGGAAAAGGACAACACCGCAUGCCCACAAAAGACGAACUGGUGCAGCGUUAUAACCGCAUGAACACGAUCCCACAGAGUCGACCCAUCCAGUCGCGCUUCCUACAGAGUCGCAAUCUCAACUGUAUCGCCCUCUGUGAAGUGAUAACAUCAAAGGACCUUCAGAAGCACGGAAACAUCUGGGUGUGUCCAGUGUCAGAUCACGUCUGCACUCGAUUCUUCUUUGUGUACGAGGAUGGCCAGGUGGGUGACGCCAACAUCAACACCCAGGAGCCGAAAGUUCAGAAGGAGAUCAUGCGUGUGAUUGGCACCCAGAUUUACUCCGGCUGA